CGGUCUAAAAAAUGUCAAAAACUCUCGCAUCUUUUUCUACACAAUCAUAACCGUUCUUCUCUAUCCCUCCUCCACACAUUUCUCAGAGGUCCCCCACUGCCUUAAUCUCUCUCUACAGUAAUGGAACUCUUUUUUCUCCCUCAUUGUUAAAGCAAUUUUCUUCCCCAUUGCUAAAGCAAAGUGAAGACCCGUAAAAUACUGAUAUUUGUGUCUUCAAAAGUUCAAAGUACUGUUUUUUUGGCCGCUUUUAUCCAGCCACUUUUGAAUUGUCCAGUGAUUUGCCUGGUGGGUUUUUCUUCUCUAUGCACCUUUACCUUGUUGUUUUUUAGCAUCUGGAUCUUUCUGGGGGGUUGAAUCCUCUCUUGGUAGGGCUGCCCUAGAAAGAAACGGGUCUUUGCCCGAGAUCUGUGUGCUUUCAUUGUCUACUUUGCAUUUCUCAAUUAUCUUUGCUCUUAUCUCAUGCUUUGUGCUGUGUAAUGGCUUCGUGUUGUAGCCAAGCUACAUUUUUGUAUAUCAGUUAAUAGUUUAUAUUUUUUUUUUUUUGCGAACUUGUUUUUGCCUCCCGUGAUUCAAGGUUCUCAAAUCCUGAAACAAAGAUUGAGAUUUUAAGAUAGGCUUCAGCUGUAGAUGAAUUUAAACUUGGCAGCUUAAUGAUGUGUUUCGAGGUGAGUGAGGUUAAGGUUUUGCAUCUGGUUCAAGGGUUCACAAAUAUCUAAAAAUAGCAGUUUGGAGAAUUUGUGCUCCAAAGAGUUUCACGGGGUUCAAAAAGCUUCCAUGCUGCUUAAUGCAGUCAAUAUGAAGUCAAACCACAUUCAACAAAAGGAAGAUGCAGAUUCUCUUGUUGAUACACUUGAAUCAAGCUUGUCCUUGGGUAUUUCAAAGCACACACCUUCAGCAGGUUUAAGUUAUAAUAAUCGCGACGACACUUUCAAAGAAAGCUUAGUCUCAAGAAAGGCUAGUGAAAGUGGUAAAAUGAGUGAGCAUGCAGAGUUUAUGGAGAGUGGGAAGAGUAGCAUGUAUAGGGGAAGCACAAGCACUGAUGUGAGUGAUGAAAGCAGUUGUAGUAGCUUGAGCAGCAGUGUUAAUAAGCCGCACAAAGCAAACGACUCGAGAUGGGAGGCUAUCCAAGCUGUCAGGGCCAGAGACGGCCUUCUGGAUUUGAGGCAUUUCCGGUUGCUGAAAAAGUUGGGAAGUGGUGAUAUUGGGAGUGUGCAUCUUUCGGAGCUGUGUGGUACAAAGUGUUACUUUGCCAUGAAAGUUAUGGACAAAGCAUCGCUGGCAAACCGAAAAAAACUAGUUCGUUCCCAGACAGAAAGGGAGAUACUGCAAUCUCUGGACCAUCCGUUCCUCCCAAGCUUAUACACUCAUUUUGAGACAGAGAGGUUUUCAUGUCUCGUGAUGGAGUUCUGUCCAGGAGGUGACCUGCACAUGCUUCGGCAGAGGCAACCAGGAAAGCAUUUUUCUGAGCAAGCAGUGAAGUUCUAUGUGGCAGAAGUUCUUCUCGCUUUGGAGUAUCUCCACAUGCUUGGCAUUGUGUACCGUGACCUCAAGCCUGAAAAUGUCCUAGUCAGGGAGGAUGGACACAUUAUGCUCUCUGACUUUGACCUCUCCCUUCGGUGCACUGUCAGUCCAACAUUAGUCAAGUCUUCGUCUGUUGACACGGACCCCCUCAGGAAAAACUCUGCUUAUUGUGCCCAACCUGCAUGCAUCGAGCCCUCCUCCUGUAUCCAACCAUCCUGUGUGGUCCCCACAACGUGUUUCGGCCCGCGCCUUUUCUCUAGCAGCAAGUCAAAGUCAAAGAAAGAGCGGAAGCCCAAAAAUGAAGUUGGCAACCAAGUCACUCCCUUACCAGAGCUCAUUGCUGAGCCAACGGGGGCACGUUCCAUGUCAUUUGUUGGAACCCAUGAGUACCUAGCACCUGAAAUCAUAAAAGGUGAAGGGCACGGCAGUGCUGUGGAUUGGUGGACUUUUGGGAUCUUUCUGUAUGAGUUGUUGUUCGGUAAGACACCUUUCAGGGGUUCAGACAAUCGGGCCACCCUUUUCAAUGUUGUCGGACAGCCUCUGCGGUUCCCAGAAUCUCCUGUUGUCAGUUUUUCUGCUAGAGAUCUUAUCAGGGGCUUACUUGUAAAAGAACCACAGAAUCGUCUGGCUUACAAAAGAGGAGCCACAGAGAUUAAGCAGCAUCCGUUUUUCGAAGGCGUGAAUUGGGCUUUGAUCCGUUGUGCUAGCCCGCCAGAGGUCCCUCCGCCGGUCAAUUUUGAGAGGCUUGAAGCUCCACCACCACCGCCGCCAUCAUCUAAUCCCAAGAAAGGUGCUGGAGGAGGAGCUCCACCCCAGAAUCAAUCUUCAGAUAACUAUCUCGAGUUUGAUUUCUUCUAAAGCAGACCUGCAUCAUGUUUUCACUCAACGAAAACAUACACAAAGCCCUUGUCUAAAAUGAUGGUAGUUGAUGAUCAAUAUUGUUUUGGUCAUGUUAUUGUUAAACAUUCUUCAAUUUUGUUGUAUGGCAAAUAUUCUCAACUGUUAAUGGUGUCGGUCACAAGUGUGAAGUUGGAUAGCGUUUGAACUAUGUGCAAUAAGUACAGGAAGCGAAC